AACAUUCACAAUCAUCUAUUCGUUUCAUACAAAAAAUCUACACCUCUUUCGUUUAUUAUCAAGAAAAAUAUGUUGGCUAAUUUCAAGAAAGGUUUGGUUAGUGCACCAAAAGAACUCAAUAGUCCAUCACAUGAUCCACAACACAAAUAUCAUCAACAGAAUCAACAUCCUUUGAACCAUUUCUUGAAUUCCAAUCCCAAUUCUCUCUCAUUUUCUUUUGGGAAUGAUGCUUCUUUGGCGUUUGAUCCCUCUUCUCAUACCUCUAAUUCCUCCCAACGAAGGUUGUUUAGUAGCAUGGAUGACAUUUAUUGCAUAUUUUUGGGAGGUCUAGACAACUUAUGCACCCUUAACAAGCAAUAUGGGCUAACAAAGCUGGCCAAUGAGCCCAUGUUUGUGAUCCAAGCUUACAAGACCCUUCGUGAUCGUGGCCCAUACCCGGCCCACUCAGUCCUCAGGGAGAUGGAGGGUAGUUUUGGGUUUAUACUCUAUGAUCUCAAGGCUAAAACCGUCUUUGUCUCACUUGGUGCCGAUGGAGGAGUGAAGCUUUUCUGGGGCAUAGCGGCUGAUGGCUCCGUUGUAAUUUCUGACAACUUGAUGGUCAUAAAGUCUAGUUGCUCGAAGUCAUUUGCUCCCUUCCCAACCGGGUGCAUGUAUCAUACAGAAGGGGGAUUAAUGAGCUUUGAGCAUCCAAAGAACAAAAUGAAGGCAAUAUCGAGGGUUGAUAGUGAAGGAGUGAUGUGUGGUGCUACAUUUAAAGUUGAUGUGUAUUCAAAGACCACACAAGCAUUGCCUAGGGUUGGAAGUGAAGCUAAUUGGGCUACUUGGGGAUAAGGGGCAUGAUAAUUUUUCUUUUGAGUUUUUGAUUUUUAUUGUAUAGAAUAAUCAAAAUUUAGAUUGUUGACUUUCACUAUAGAUUUCUCUCUUUGGAAAAAUGUAUUUUUAUUGUCUUGUCUCUUUAUAAAGUAUUUACUAAAUUACAUGUUUGGCCAUUGUCUACGGAUAAGAUGGUCAUAUUAUAAAUCGACGUCUACUUCAAAACAUUUACUUCACAUGCUCGACAUUGUUGUAAAGAAGCUCAUCGAUGAUAAUUGAUAAUGAUAUGUUAUUUCAAUUGGGUGGAUACUACGCGGGUGGUGUUUAAUCAAACGCUUAUGAAUCUAAAAUGUGCUUGAAUCAAAGAGGAAGAUAGAAAAAGACCAAAAUACAUUCAUGUGCAUGACACAUGAUGGGUCUUAAUGAUUCAACAUAAGCAACACUUAGAAUGAGAGACCAAUAUUACAACAAAUAAAUCAUGUGAACUAAAAUGUUAUUUUCAACUCAUGUUUUCUAUAUGAUCACGUGCUAUCUCAAUAUUGAAUAGGCC